AGCGGUGUGGAGGAAGGUUUUGAGAGACGUGCGAUGAAGUCGGCACUGUUCUCAUUUCUCCUCCUCAGCGUGUGUGUGAGGGAGUCUCUGGCCAUCACCAGGGAGUUCUACAUUGCAGCAGUGGAGUCUGGGUGGGAUUACCUCCGCCAGGAAAGCCUGGACGCCCCUCUGCCACAAAGAAGGACAAUCUCAUCACCCAAGGAUGACUCUCAUUUCUACAUGAAAGCUAUUUACUGGGAAUACACAGAUGCCACAUUCUCAACUCCAAAACCAAAAUCACCAUGGAUGGGUAUUCAAGGUCCAACAAUAAGAGCAGAAGUCAAUGACAGAGUUGUGGUUCAUUUCAAAAAUUUCGCCUCCCUCCCCUUCACCAUCUGUCCCAUUGGUAUCUCCUACUGGAAGCAAUCUGAAGGCGCUGGCUACGAGGAUGCCACAUCCUCCCAGGAGAAAGAGGAUGACGCGGUCGCUCCAGGAGGCUACUACCGCUAUGUGUGGGACAUCCAGCCAGCCAAUGGGCCCACUGUGAUGGACCCAGACUGCCUCACCUACUCGUACGCCUCCCAGGUAGACAUUGUCAGGGAUUUCAACUCUGGACUCAUCGGGGCUCUCCUCAUCUGCAAAGCAGGGUCCAUGAAGAACCAGCCGCAAACACCAGAGUUCAUCCUGUUCUUCGCUGUGUUUGAUGAAACAAAGAGCUGGUACGGAGAAGAGGGCAUGCUGCGGGACAAAUUCCAAAAGGGCCGGGCGAAGAAGCAGUACCACACCGUCAAUGGAUUUGUCAACUCAACUUUACCAGGCCUGAAAAUGUGCCAGAAGAAAACUGUGCUCUGGCACAUGAUUGGGAUGGGUUCUUCCUCAGAGAUCCAUUCCAUCCGCUUCCAGGACCACACGUUUCAGGUGCAGAACCACAGGAAGGUGUCCCUGGAGGUGACGCCCAUGUCGUUGGUCACGGCAGAGAUGAGGACUGUGGCUGCUGGAAAGUUCUUCAUUUCCUGCCAGAUCCACGCUCACCAGCAAGCUGGAAUGAAUGCAUUCUUCAUUGUGGAGAACUGCCCUGAGCCAGCACCGCCACCAGACAAGAGGUACAACAAGGGCAAUGACUACGACAUGGACUACAUGGAUGACCUGGUUACCUCCAUCAAUGUGAAACCUGUGCCAGGGAUGCGGUCCGUGAAGCUCGGCCCCAAGCUGUGGAAGCACUACAUUGCCAUUGAGGAAAUUGCCUGGGACUAUGCACCGGAGCUCAGCGAGAGGGACAUGGAACUGUCUUCAGAAUACCUGCAUCAGGGUCCGCAGCGCAUUGGGAAGGUGUACAAGAAAGCAGUGUAUGUGGAAUACACAGACCGCAGUUUCACCCAGCGAACAUCGGUGGGCAGAGGAAUGAUGGGGCCAGUGCUGCGUGGAGAAGUGGAAGAUCAGUUUGAGAUAGUGUUAAUGAAUCGGGCAAGCCGGCCUUUCAACAUCUACCCGAAUGGGCUCACCAGCAUUCAGCCACUGGCGAGCAAAGCAGCACUCAAGGGGCGUGAUCUGAGGAAUGUUGCUGUGCAGCCGAACGAGACUUUUGCAUACCUGUGGAAGAUCACCCAGGAGGAUGGCCCCACCAAAACGGACCCACGGUGUCUCACACGGAUCUACCAGAGCACCAUUGAUCCAGUCCGAGACUUGGCUUCAGGUCUUGUGGGGCCCUUGGUUAUAUGCUACAGGAAGACACUGGAUAAAAGGGGCAAUGUGUUAAUGUCAGAUGAAGAGAAGCAUUUGAUGUUUGCUGUUUUUGAUGAAAACAAAAGCUGGUACAUCAAUGAAAACAUCCAGAAAUACACUGAGAAACCAUCCUCAGUGGACCCCAGUGACGCUGAGUUCUACAACUCCAAUGUGAUGUACAACAUCAAUGGGUACAUGUACAACAACUACCGCUUUGAGGCCUACCAGAACGACGUCACUUUCUGGCACGUGAUGAACGUGGGGACCCAGAGCAACUUCCUGUCCGUCUACUUCACGGGAAACACCUUCGAGCGCGACAAUGUGUAUGAAACGGUUCUUACCCUGUUUCCCAUGAGUGGGGAGACAGUAAGCAUGGAGAUGGAGACACUCGGGGAGUGGGAGAUCAGCGCCUUGGACUCGAGCCUUAAGAAGAGGGGCAUGAGUGCCAGGUACACAGUGAUGUAUCGCCAGCAGAAGGUGCCCCUGGUGGACUCGGACGACUACAUCAACUUCGAAGAACUCUUCGAGCCUAGAGGCUAUGGUGGGCAGAACAGGACCGUGACUGUCAGGGUGUGCAAGCCACCGGCAGGGAACCGCACUCUGGGGGCAGCGGCGGUGGCAGGUAACGUCACCGAGCGUGACGGCCAGCCCACCUGUGUGCUGAAGAGGAUCACCCUCAGCAGGGGGACAGGCGCACCCUCGCAGGGGGACAUCCCCACCGACAUCCUGCGAGAGCUGGAGAGGGCUGCGGGGGGAAGCUCAACAGAGAAUAGCACAGGGCCAGCUCCAGGUGACACGCGCACUUCAAGGUCCACUGAGUCAUUGAGGAAACCCCCGUGUGGAGCGGAAUGCAAGGAAAGACACAAGAGGAGGUCCACGGCUCUUCCACCAUCAGAGAAGCGGAAGCGGUCCCUCCAUCCUGUACAUCCUGAGGGAACUGAAGGAUUAGACAUGGGGGAGGAUAUAUCACAGAAGAAGCAAGAGGGGAACCCUACAACCUUUGAAAAGAAAGGCCUCCGGACAGGUGUGCAACCUGCCAGCGACUUUGGGCAGCAGCAAAGAAUUCUUUCCACAUUGCUGACACCUGUCAUGGGUGGAAGCUUUCUUGACAGGCUCCACAGAAGGAGAGUGCAGAGGAGGGACACGAGAGGAGAGGACAAUGACGGGGAGGCAGAGAACCAGGUGCUGAAAGUGAGCUCUGAUUCAGAGGGGGAGGAUUUCAGCCAUUUUGAUAAGACGCAAAGUAGUCCAGAUCAAACGGAGUACGGUUACAAUGACCAGGAGAGACAGCCUCUAAACCUGCAGGUGCUGGAUCCUCAGCUCAAUGUGUCAGACCAUGGCAAUUUCACCAGAAGGGGCCUGACCCUGGAGUAUGACGACUACAGCGAUGAAGGAAACAGCACUCUCACGUCCCUUGACUUUGACAGUGAUUUUAAGGGUCGAUCCACAGAUGGGAGAUAUCGCAAUUACUACAUUGCUGCAGAGGAGGUCAUGUGGGACUAUGGCAUUAAAAAACCACAGCAGCUCAUAAAACCCAGGGAGAUGAGGCUGGGAAUGAGGAAGUAUUUCCCACAGUACAAGAAGGUGGUGUUCCGGGCUUACCUGAGCAAGGACUUCCAAGAAGCUGCCAAACGUGGAGAGCUUGAGGAGCACCUGGGAAUCAUGGGGCCUCUGAUUCGGGCAGAGAUCAACGACAUCAUCAUCGUUACCUUUAAGAAUCUUGCCUCCCGACCAUACUCCUUCCACCUGCAUGGGAUUUUUGAUCGGACUCAAGGUGAGGCAUUUGGGAAAGCACCUGAGGAUGCUGUGAAACCCAACCAGGUUCGCGUAUACAAGUGGAAGAUCACAAAGAGACAAGGCCCCUCCCAGAAAGAGUCUGACUGCAAGGCCGGGGCAUACUACUCAAACCUCGACACGGAGAGGGAUAUCAACUCUGGACUGAUCGGCCCGCUGCUCGUGUGUAAGCCUGGCACGCUCCAUCACUCCCUCAACACCCAGCCUGGGGUGCAGGAUUUUGCCCUGCUGUUUACCGUGUUUGACGAGACCAAGAGCUGGUACCUGGAGGAGAACAUGAAGAUGUUCUGCACCCCACCCUGCCGCAUCACUAAGAACGACUCCUGGUUUGAUAUCAACAACAAGUUUUCCGCGAUCAAUGGCUAUGUGGCGGAGACCCUGCCAGGGCUGCUGGUGCCACAGCACCAUGUGAUCCGCUGGCACCUGCUGAACAUGGGCAGCCAUGGGGAGUUCCAUGCUGUCCACUUCCAUGGCCUGCCCUUCACUGUACGCAGAGACCAGGAACACCGCAUGGGUGUCUAUAACCUGUAUCCCGGUGUGUUUGCCACCAUAGAGAUGAGGCCGGCCAUGGUGGGCACCUGGAUGGUGGAAUGCUCCAUCGGAGAGCACCAGCUGUCUGGAAUGAGGGCUAAGCUCCUGGUUUAUGACCCAAAGUGUGUUGAACCAUUGGGAAUGCGGACGGGAAGAAUACUGGACUCCCAGAUCACAGACUCGGGUCACUACGGGGACUGGGAAUCCAGACUUGCCAGGCUGGAACUGUCUGGUUCAGUCAAUGCCUGGAGCGGCAUGGGUAAGAAGUCCUGGAUUCAGGUGGACCUGCUGAGGCCGACGCUGAUCCAUGGAAUCCACACGCAGGGGGCGAGCCAUGGACUGUCAGAGAGCUUUGUGAUGCAGUACACCCUCUCCUACAGCUUGGACCAGGAGACUUGGAAAACAUACAAGGGGAACAGCACCAACCGGGAGGAGAUAUUCAAAGGAAACCUGGAUGGCUCAGAGAUAAAGGAGAAUUACUUUUCCCCUCCCAUAGUGGGCCGCUACAUCAGAGUGAAUCCACUGACCUACCAGAAGCGGCCCACUCUUCGCCUGGAGCUCUUCGGCUGCGACUUAAACAGCUGCUCUUUGCCCAUGGGGAUGGAGAGGAUGCUCAUUCCCAACUACAGCAUCAGCGCCUCCUCCUUUCUGCAGACCUGGUUCCUCACCUGGAGCCCCUAUCUGGCACGGUUGAACUUAGAUGGUGCUGCAAACGCGUGGAGACCCAAGACAAACAACCCACAUGAGUGGCUGCAGGUGGACUUCCAGGAAGUAAAGAGAGUGACAGGGGUCAUCACCCAGGGAGCCCGGUCCAUGUUGACCCACAUGAUGGUGACCGAGUUCACGGUGUCCAUCAGCAAUGACGGCCGCACCUGGACUAGCGUGAAGGAGGGGAAGACGCAGAGAGAGAAGGUCUUCCAAGGAAAUAAUGAGCAUGAUGAGGAGAUGCUGAACAUGUUUGAGCCGCCCCUGUUUGCAAGAUACAUCCGGAUCCAGCCCAAGGGCUGGUACAACGACAUUGCCUUGCGCCUGGAGUUUCUGGGCUGCAACACACAGCAGAGGCUCUGAAUCCAAGGCCCCACCAGCUUGACCUUGGAGCUGGCUGGGAGGGGCAGUGCUGAUAGGCGCAGGGUGGCCUCCUCCCCAUGGCAAACCAGAACCCCAAGGUUUAACGUGUGAUGGGAAAGAGUAUGAUCAAAUAUGUUAUGUUCAUUAUCCAGCACAACGACUCCUUCAUCAAAUGCACAAGUACAACAGAGCACUAACUUCAAUG